AGCCGCGACGGAGAGUUCCUGCAGCACGCGGCGGCCGUGCUGGGCCUGCCGCUCGCCGACAUGUUCGCCGACCGGGUGCGCGUGGACCGCCGCCGGCUGGAGGGCCUCAUCACCGGUGAAUCGGAAUUCCAGGAGGCUGCCCAAGCGUUCUUUGAUCGGUUGGAAGAACAAACUCGCACUCGGAUUCUGUGGCCUUCACAUCUAAAAAUUGGCUCUCGCUCUCGCAAAAGUCCCCAUGUGCACAUCGCCGGUCUCAUGGAAGAUGUGCUCCAAGCGAAGAAAGAAGUGAUGGCAAUUUUGGACUCGCCAGACGUCCGCGUCACGAUGAAGAUCGACGUGAGCUAUCUGUAUCACUCGCACAUCAUCGGGCGCGGAGGCCUCGUCAUCAAGCAGGUGAUGGAGGAGACCGGCACGCACAUCCACUUCCCGGACUCGAACCGCACCUCCACCACGGACAAGUCGUCGCAGGUGUCGCUGUCGGGGAAGCUGGCGGGCGUGGAGCAGGCGCGGCAGCGCGUGCGGAACCUGAUGCCGCUGGUGUUCCUGUUCGACGUGCCGGCGCUGGGCGACGCCGCGUCGGGCGCGGAGUGCGCCUCGCCCUACGUCAUGCGGCUGCAGCAGCAGUUCAACGUGCAAGUGCGCAUCCGCCAUCGCCACCGCCUCAACGGCGUGCAGGUGCAGGUGAAGGGCUCGGAGCUGGAGGUCACGCACGUCACGGAGGCCACGCUCUUCCUCAUCCGGCACUUCUGCGUCAACGCGGGCGCUGCAGACCAAGUCUCAGUAUAUACGACGCUGGAGAUACCCCCUCAUCAUCAACCGUUGGUGCUGGGAAUCAACUGUUGCAACAUAAAGACGAUCAUGAACCACACAUCGACGCAGAUCAUGGUUCCAGAUCUAAACGAUCCCUACAUUCCUCAGAUAAAAAAGAACAUAAUCACUGUGCUCGGCCCCAUCAGGAACGUGUAUUUGGCACGGCAGAUGCUACUGGGUUCUCUUCCCAUACUGUUAUUGUUCGAGAUUUCUGACAACACAACUGUAGAUUUUAACAGCGUGGCAGAGAUCAUGUAUGAUCUUGACGUGCAAAUAAGCUUUCGUCAGAAGGAAAAGCAAAAAACUUUCGCAGUUUCAAUCAAAGGCAUUGAAAGAGAUGCGUCGAAUGUCUACGAGGCCCGGCGACGCCUUCUCGGACUGGAAGGGCACAAGGUGGUGGCGGAAGUACCUGCCACCUACUUCGUCCCUGACGCUCCCCCGGUCUUCCGACAUGCACUAGGCAGA